UUUUUCCAGCAAAGGAGCUGAAGGUAUGCGGCAGCGUGAGAAGCGGCGGCGAGGUGUGCUGCUCCGCGGACAUGGAGGUGAGACUGCAGGCGAGGGCACGUGACAAACAUGAGAAAGCCACCAAAGAAACGCUUCAACGGUUGCACCAGGUCCUGUCUACGAGAGGUACCAGGUUCCACGGUUUCUUCAGGGAUCUUCUUGCCAACAGUAAAAAGGUUUUCCACGAGAUGUUUAAGAAGACCUACGGGAUCCUCUACGAGCAGAAUUCGUUCGUAUUCACGGAUUUGUUCAAGGAACUGGAGAACUAUUACACCAAGGGAACGGUCGAUCUCGACGACAUCAUGGACAAUUUCUUCAAUACGCUCUAUCAGAAAAUGUUCACGGUGCUGAACAGUCAGUACAACUUCGACAGCAAGUACCUGGAGUGCGUGGGAGAGCAUAUGAAGGAGAUUAGACCGUUCGGCGACGUGCCUCAGAAAUUAGGGGUGCAAAUCAAGAGGUCCUUCGUUGCGACGAGAACCUUUAGCCAGGCUUUAACCGUGGCCGCGGAUGUCUUGAAGGACAUGCAAUCGUUGAAACCAUCGGCGGAUUGUGCAGCUGCACUCACAAGGAUGACGGUGUGCCCGGCGUGCAGCGGGAUCACCGGCAACGUGUUAGCGUGCGGCGACAUGUGUGCCAACGUGAUGAAGGGUUGCCUGGCUCAGCACGCGGCCCUGGACGCUGAAUGGAAUCACUUCGUCGAGGCCGUAGACAAGGUGGCCGAUCGCCUGUUGGGCCCGUUCAACAUCGAGAUGUUAGUACGACCGAUCAAUCUGAAAAUCUCGGAGGCGAUCAUGAACUUUCAAGAGAACAGCAACGACGUCUCGCAAAGAGUGUUCACUGGUUGUGGCCGGCCUGUGUUAGGCAGGCGUAGACGUCGAGACAAUCGGGAAUUGGAGCUCGAAUCGUUGAAUUUCGACCAGGAAACACUGACGGACGAUCGUGCCGCACUUUUGGACAAAUUGGUGAAAGAGACACGGCAGAGGGUAAGGGAUUCGAGGCAAUUCUGGGUUUACUUGCCCUAUAAGCUUUGCAACGACGGCCUUGUGGUUCCUCCUAGCAAUACAAAGGAAUGUUGGAACGGCACGCACGUAGAUAAGUACAUUUACCCAGUGUCCUCGAACGGGGAGGAGCAAAAAUUGAAUCCAGAGGUACGAGUCACCGGGACAAGGCCGACGAUAGUCAGGGACCAGAUAUUCGCAUUGACCACCAUCACGAACAGACUGAAAUCCGCGUACAACGGACAGGAUGUCGACUGGAUAGACACAGAGGACACCGAGUGGAACGGUUCCGGGAGCGGAUCCGGCGACGGCACCGAUCAAGAUCCGAUCACCGACGACGAGGACGGUUUCAAGGAAGGUUCCGGCUACGAGCCCAAGUCCUCGCCGCCAGACGUGCCGAAACCGUCUUCUCCGAUCGAUCAUCCGGAAGUGGUGCCACCGAGAGUGGACGUCGAGCAGAAGACGAGUAUCAACAGCAACAACAAGACGUCCAGCGUGGACAAUGGCGCGAGCAGACAGAAAAUAUCAUUGUCGCGUGCUUUGACAACGUAUCUCGUGCCCAUAGUGGUGAUGUGGUUCGGUGGCUGCCUCACCGAGUGGCUGUGAUCAUGUGGUUCCCGGGGAAGGACGAUGCAAGACGAUGUAAAUAAAUGUUCCAUUUAACAAUAACGCGCGUGGCUCCUGGCCUCGAGUCGACUGCGAGCCAAGCUGCGAGGCCAACAGCCAGUCGAGGAGAGCAAGGAGCUGAGAGGACGAUGAUAAAUCGCUUUCUCCACGACGCGAUGAAGAUCUUCAUCCGUUGAGGGAAACGCGUUCUUUUUCUUUUUCUUUUUCUUUUUCUUUUUUUUUUUUUUUUUUUGCACACGUUGUCUCGACAGCGUGCAUCGUGUCCAGAUAUUCGCCGAUGGAACUAACGAAGUUUCAUCUUGCUCCGAGGAGUUUAAAGGGAAGAGGAGACUGGACUCCGUUGACGAAAGGAUUGUAAAAUGACCUGGGUCUGGAUGUCUGAACGACGAAAUAUUUCACGACUGACGAGAGCGUGCCUUCAGGACGAGUGGCAUGGUCGGCUCUAGCAGGGUUACGGACGACGAGAUUUCCCUUUUUCCACGUUCCUACGCCACUGUUCAACUUUUCGAGGAAAAUGACAAGAAAGUGUGUUUGUAUGACGAUGGAAAAUGUAGGAUACGAUAAUUACUUACGACGAUCGAUGGUGAUUGGGAUGAUUUUAAGUAUGUUUCUCGGUUCGUUUGAUACGGUAUCGUUGAAGAAGAAAAGAAUUUUAUUCUACGAAUGUCAGAAUUAACUUUGAAUAUUAUAGAAUUAAACGACCAAAAUUCAAGAAAACCCUAACACUUAUCGAAAUAUUGACUCUACGCUGUAAGAUGAGAUCAAUUUACAUGAUUCUCUCUUUACAAAGUUAUCAAUUCCUUUCGCCAUGCCUUUUUAAUUGUAAUUCAAAAUUGAGGAGGAGACGUUUGUACAAAAGUCGAACCGAGUUUCUAAUUAAUAUUUUCGAUACAAAAUUUUGAAACGCAGCGGCGUAGGAAGUGCAGGGGCUGCGUCGAGGACCUAAAUGGCCUUGAACGUGCAUGGAAAAACAUGUGAAAGCGAGUAUACGAAGAAUAGCGACUGUCGGGCGUCGUAUUUCCUUUCCCUUCCCUGAAAACGUUUUGAAAGAUUCAUGGCUCGAAGGGCGAGAGUGGUUCGAUCGCGUCGUAGCUCGGAUGGAUCGAUCAGAAUGCUUAGGUUUUUGGGGUGACACAUUUGGCGAGACAUUGAUAACAUGCUUGUGUAUAUUAAUAAAA